AUGACGACCGAGACAAGUAGACCAAUCUUCAAGAAAGAAAAGCCACUGCACUCGGUCAUCGCGGGCACGACCGCCGGCGCGGUAGAAGCAUUCGUGACAUACCCGACGGAAUAUGUUAAGACGCGCACACAAUUCACAGGACAGAGGGAGAGCCCAUGGUCGAUCAUUCGGGAGACAGUGAAGGCAAAGGGGAUUCCGGGGCUAUAUUCAGGAUGCAUGGCCUUGGUCAUUGGCAACUCAGUCAAGGCUGGUGUACGUUUCUUGUCGUAUGACCAGUUCAAGCACAUGCUGGCCGAUGCGGAGGGUAAAGUCACGGCGCCGAGAAGUCUGGCAGCUGGUCUUGGAGCGGGUAUGAUGGAGGCUGUCUUUGCCGUUACGCCCUCAGAGACGAUCAAAACGAAACUCAUCGACGACGCGAAGAGCCCGAACCCAAGGUACCGCGGACUCAUCCACGGCACAGUCUCAAUCGUCCGCGAAGAGGGUAUCGGCGGGAUAUAUCGCGGGCUCUUCCCUGUGGUCCCUCACCGAAUCACAGGCGCCAACUCUGCCGUUCGAUUCACGACCUACACGACCCUCAAACAGUUCGUCCUCGGCACCGCACGCCCAGGGCAGAAUCUCUCGAGCGGGAUGACCUUCGGCAUCGGUGCCGUUGCCGGGCUCGUCACCGUCUACACCACCAUGCCCCUCGACGUGAUCAAGACGCGGAUGCAAAGCCUCGAAGCAAGACAGGCCUACCGCAACUCGUUCCACUGCGCGUACCGGAUCUUCACGGAGGAGGGGAUCUUGAGGUUCUGGAGGGGGACGACGCCAAGGUUGGCGCGGUUGGUGAUGAGCGGUGGUAUCGUCUUCACUGUCUACGAGCAAAUUAUUGCGCUGCUGGGCGGCCGACCGACAUAG